AUGAAACCACAUGCCAAUGGGGUGUCUAGAGCUCAUAAGGCAAAUGGUACUCAAGUUGAAGGGCCUAACUGGCUUAUUUUUGCUGCUGGUGCUUUGUUGAGUACCUUAUCCAUUCGCCUUGGUUACAAGUUGAAGCAGGCACUCGACUCCAAGCCGAAGCAGAAUGAAACUACCAUUAAGAAAGAAAAUGGAAAAUCCUCCAGCACAAAGAACUCGGCAGACUAUUUUUUGCAGACUAAUGGAUAUUCCCAAACGCAAGAUAAUCACGGAUGCUUCAGUUGCAUUUCAGGAACUGGUGGUACCAUGGAACUAAAGUGCCCACCGAAUGGCCAGAUGCUGAAUGAGUUUGGUGGAGCUCUCCCAUUGGUGACUGUUCCUGCUGCUGCUGCUGCUGAAUUUAGCAAGGAAAAUGGUGUUGUGUGGGCAUGCUCUCCUGAGCAUCAUCUUGAAUUGCCCUCAAAGCCGUUCCACCACUCAAAUUGCUCAGAUUCACCAUGUGUAUCAGAAUCUGGUUCUGAUAUUUUUAGUAAGCGAGAAGUGAUUCAGAAACUGCGGCAACAGUUAAAGAGAAGAGAUGAGAUGAUACUUGAAAUGCAAGAUCAAAUGGCUGAAUUGCAAAAUUCACUCAACGCCCAGAUGCAGCUUUCUUCACAUUUACAAUUGCAACUUGAUGCUACAAACAGGGACUUAUUUGAUUCCGAGAGAGAGAUCCAAAGGCUAAGGAAAGCAAUUGCAGAUCACUGUGUUGGAUAUGUGCCCCAUGACAAAUCUUCCAAAGUUACAACUUUGCCUGCUGAGAUUAGAAAUGGCCUUUCAAACGGACAUCUUGAUGGGGAAAGUAAUUAUGAGUCCCCUGAAAAACUAAGGGAUGAGGAGGAGAGAAUUGAGUUGCUGAAAAGGCAAGUAGGAGAGUUGAAAGAGGUAAUAGAAGGAAAAGAAUACUUGCUCCAGAGCUACAAGGAGCAAAAGACAGAACUCUCUCUGAAAAUCAGGGAAUUGCAGCAUAGAUUGGAUUCUCAGCUGCCUAAUAUUUUGUAG